CAGCUUUUCCCAGCACUCAGUGCAGGAGCUCAGUCAUGUUUGAAGAUGAGGUGGAACAGCAGUCUAAAGGUGAAGAGCAGUCCCAGCACCUGGUGAAGGUGGAGAUACACCAGGUGAUUGAUAGCUUUGCAUCCAGCAUGGCGAAAGCCAUCGAGAGCGAUGUCAAACUUCUGCUGUUUGGAGCAGUGUCUCUGACUGACAGUAUUUCAUCAUGUCCACCUGCACAAAGGGGCUCACGAUACCCGGACUGUCAGAGGGUUCGACUGGAGAAUAUUGAUGAGGGAAUGUGAAUGGUGAAAAGGAUGAAGAUGAGGAGGAUGAAAUAGAGCAAAUAUGUGCAUAGAGUUGGUAGGGGCAUGUUGUCUCACUAUGUGGGGUAAGUUGUCA